CCCGUCCAAGAGUGUGUAGAUCUCUAGCGCAUACUGUCCCACUAUGUCUAGGGAUCAUUAGGCAGGGAGGGCAUUCGAACGGCGGAAGUUGGUGUGUAUUUAUAGUCCUAUGUUAUCGAUGUAUUGAUAGGUCAAGCUAUUUUUAGACCGGCCCGAUAGAUUCAAGUAUCCAAAAGACAAGUCUGACACACAGACUACUACCACCACUAGCUGUAGCUUGAAGUAGACUAGCACCUCUAAUAGCCUUGCCUGUAGGAGACGACAAUCACCGGACAAAUGAAUGGUUGGAGUUAGACCAUGUACACCACACACAACAAGGAUGUCCUCAUUGUAUCCUUGCUGCUCUACCUGCCUGUCAGACUGGCCUUUCUGCUACCCACAUCGACCUUGACAGUUGUAAAAAGAGAAUUUGACUCAAUACAGCCUGGUACAUCGCUGCAGGACGAGUACAUUAGUUGUGAGGAACACCUGUUGCACAACUUCCCCGGCACCAAGACCUACAUCAGCUACGGCGAGGCCAGACUCUGCUCUCUCUUCAUCGCCGCACCCAUCGACCACGUCAUCCUCAUAGAGUUUGUCUAUUUGAACGUCAGGUGUGAGGAGAAUGGCGCAGUUGUGUUAAUUGACGGCUGGGAGCUGGAUAAUGAGCUCUUCCCCAGCGAUGUUGACCACCCCGACCCCCUGGCCCUGAGGUACCUGACCUACUGUGGGAAGGAGGUGGACCCUCAAGCCUACACCACCAAACAGAACGUCGCCCAGGUCCAGUUUGUGGUUCCAGAGUUGGGUGGAGGUUUCUCUAUCAGCGUCAACUUUCUUCACAACGACAAACCAUGUAACAUGAUGCUACUGACCAAUACCUACGACAUGAUAAGCCUGAGGAACUUUGGCUUGAAGAGAAACUGUACGGUCAUGUCCAUCUAUCCACAGCGAUUUAUUUUCGGUUACAUCAACGUCGGUAAAAAGGUCAACUCUACACCAUAUCAACUUGGCCAAAAGUCACGAAAGAGAAUCGAAACAAAGUGUCAUGGCCGCUAUGGAACUGAUAGAGUUCAGCUCUUUGAAGGGGAGAAUGUUGGUUCCUCACGGAGAAGGCUGGUCAUCGGCUUUUGUGGAUCGAAUGCUCCCAGAAUGAUGAGCCUGCAGUGCCACAGUUCUACUCUGAGAAUGGAAUCCAGUGGUCACUUUUAUAACGUGGUCAAAUUCGCAGUGUUGCCCUCUGAGGACCAGUGCAAGUAGUAUCCACCACUUGUUCUGGUGACAUCCAUUUAUCCAUAGGUCAAGCUGACAUGUGGGCAGGUGACUUAUCCAAGCGCUGGAUAUUUUGAAGGUUUUAGUCAAAACACACACCAAUCUAAUAAGGUGCAGAUAAUAGGAAAACAUUCUCCAAAUUUACCAAAAUACUCAAAACAAAAAGGUAAAAAAAAAAUAGCUUAAAAUACGUUUUUUGUCAGAAUACAAAAACAUUAUUUUACAAUGGAUGGUUUACAAUGUCUGCCAAUUGUAUUUAGAGCCUUAUAUGCAGUUAAGACCACCUAUCUAAUUCACCUAUUUAAGUCACUAAAUUCACCUCAGCCUAUGCCCUCUCAGUUAAGCCCUAGAAGUUGUAUUUAAGCUCACCAUCUAAUCAGCUAAACCAAUUUCAACAUUCAAUAGAUAAAAAUGCAAUGUUUAGAAAAACUUAAACCUAAGAUUUUGAAUGUGGUUCAAGAAAAUGUCCAAAUAAAACCAAUGCAACCCACAGCCAUUGUUACAAAUUUAUUUCAUGUACUGUUUGUGUCCUUAAAAAUAACAAUUAAAUAUAAACUGUUUAUGUGUUUUUACAUACA